AUGCACUGCGCUCCGAUGCAGGAGCUCCCAAUGCCCCUGGUGCCGUUCCUGGCUCAUGUUAUUCGGUCCAUGGGCCAUGAUGCUGUCGUGCAUUUGAAGCAAAGCAUGGACAUAAGCGGUUGGGAACGGACGUGGCAUCCAACGUUGUUGGCUUUGUCACGCCUUUUCACCUACCUACCACACCUGCCUUGGGACGUGACCAUGUUCCCGGCUCUAAUCCGGCCACUGUGUCAUAUGGCAGCCAUGGACGGUGUUUCGGACAUGUUUUCUGCUCAUAUCAUGCAAGCACUCACCCGCGCACUUUCUCAUUGGUGCUGCACCAAUGCAACAGAGACACAUCCAUUUCUUCUCUGUGUUUUGGAGCUACAGGAUGCACUCCUGCUUGAUGGCGAUCCAUCCAUCGCCAUGUACGUCGCGACGAUCCAACUGCACGCCGUUCUGACAAAGCAUGGACGCGUCGAAGCCUCAAAUGCAUCAUUUCCAUGCCCAUUCAUCCAGCUUGCGACGCCUCCAGCGAUGACCGGCUCGGUUCUCACAUUGGACCUUCUUUGUGCGCAUGUGUUACGUUUGCGGGCACAAGUCCUUGAUGCGUCUCAGCCACUAGCGCUUGACGCUCGAUGUAUAGAUGCUAUGGCUACAUCCCUGGUCGACAUGAUCUGGAGUGGACGCGCCUUUGGCCAAUUCCUCCAACAGGGUCUUGUUAUUGAUCACGUCAUGGCAUGCGAUCGCGGAGCUAUGGCUAUCAUGAAGCACGCAUGUGACGAAUUAAGGAUUGUCCCGUUUGUUCUUAUCGCUUCGUUGUCGCAUGGUGCACUCCUUGCGCCGCUCUUUGAGCAAUACUGCAGCGAGAGCCUCCUACCUGGGCAUGACAUCCGCGCUCCCAUCACACCUUCAGCGCUUCGGAGUGCGCGUGGUGCGGGGCUGCCUGAACACAUCCAGUAUGUCGAUAUUCGACGUGACUAUCUUCUUUGGCUCGCACGUCGCGGAGCGCCCAACAUACUCGCUCUCUUAGAGGCAUUUGUUCCAUCAUUGCGGACGCUAGCCGCGCCCCAUAUGCUACAGUAA